AUGAUGUCGACUGAGAUCUUGUGCUGUAUAGCGCUCUUUUACCAAUCUCUUGAUUUCCGAAGCCCGGCACAUAAUUACGUCGGCCAGGCCUUGCGCAUAGCCAUGGCGCAUGGCAUGCACACCCGCAUGCCAGUUGGAAACUUGGGGUUAAACGCUGUUGAAAGAUGUCGAAAAAUUUGGUGGACGGUCUACAUUCUAGAUCGAAAUAUGAGCAUCAUACAAGGCUUGCCUCAGUCUAUCGAUGACCGAUUUGUGGAAACCAAUUUACCUUCACUCUCGGAAUCACAAGAGAAAAAUAAGGCACUGGACAUGCAUAUCAAACUAUGCCGAAGCAUUGACGAUAUCAAUAGUACAGUGUAUGGCCUCGAUGGCCGAAUCAACCAAAAGUUUCUGUUGAGCACCAAAGUGGCAUUGGAGCGUAUAGCAAAGCUCGCCGACAAACUUUCCGAAUCCUUUCCACUGCACUUGGAUGACACGGAUAACGGCAUCUCUCGAACAUCCGCGUAUUUACAUCUCCUUUACCAACAGUGUGUUAUUAUCGCCACAAGACCUUUGCUAUUCUGCUUCCUGAAAAUACGCCUCGACUCUUUAGAAAGAUGUAGAGAACUUCUCAAAAAAUCUCAAAACAUUCGAAAUUUGAUCCAAAUGUGCCUGGAUUCUGCGCAGCAUAGCGUCGGGAUUCUUCAUGGUCUGAAGUCUCAGGGUCUCCUUGAAACUUUUCUCAAUUUCGAUCUAGAGUCAAUCUUUAUAUCCACUGUGGUGCUCCUCGUGGUGCCAGUGAUUGAUCAUCUAUUGCUAGUGGAUCAUAUCUCCUGGCUUGAGAAAGCCUAUGCAAUUUUCCGAGAUAUGGUCGGGGCCACAAACAAAGUGGCCAAAUUCCGGUGGUUGGAACUUCAACAACUGAAUGAGACCCUGAACCCCAUUUUUCAAGACAAGGCUAGUAUGGCGGCUCAAAUUAAUAUCUCUUGGCAGUCCGAUGUGGGUCCUCAAUUGUCCUCACAGACGAUGAGACAUAUUCCAACACCCAGCAGCCGAAACUCUUGCAACGCACCCUCUACCAUUUUGGGCUCGUCGUUAGAAACAAAUUGCGGCUUUGAGCACAUUUUAACUUCUGCUGAAAUCAUGGCAAUGGCGGAUUCCAUCGAGAUUGAUGAUUCCGAAUGGGUAUCUAGCGCUAUGAUGAACCAAGAUGUCUGGUAG